GUGUAAAUAAGACACUACAAGUGAGUAAAUGAAAUUCUCACUUUAACCACAUGUAACAGUAGUAAUAUAGGAAAUGGCUGUAUUCGGUGUACAAUUGGUGAUUACCAUGGUGAUGGCCAGCUUUUUGCAGAAGCUGUCAUCUAAUUUUUCAUUUGCUCGUUGGCUUUUGUCAUACAGGCUUGUCCACUAUCUACAUCCAACAAAUGAAGAACUGAAAACAAUUGCUGGAGUAAGAGAUUCUUCUAGAAGUAAAGGGAAGAAAGGAAGAGACAGGUUUACUGACCAAAACAAAGAUUCAGAGUUUCUUGUGCCUAAAAACCUACAGAUGGAGCUUGAUUCAGCAGUAGUGCAACCUGUAGAGCUCUUUCAGCUUCAGUUCUACACAGAAUACCAAUGGCUGUUGGAUUUUUCUGUGUGUGCAGUUUUCGUCUACUUUGUUACAGAACUUUAUUACUUUCUUCUUGCUCCAAAUGAUGAGGUUAAUCUCAGCGUGUUAUGGUGUAUACUUGUUAUAGGUUUUUCUUUAAAAGUUCUCUUCUCUGUGACAGCAUUAUACUUUAGUGGUGAAGAAGCACUUGGUGAAAGAUCCCUCUGUCUGAUGGCUGGACUGUUUUUCUUUGUUGCUGCUAUGGUUGUUCUUAUAACUGAUGAAAAUUUUUUGGAGUUUGGACUUGAUGCAGCAUAUACCAGUUUUAAUAAAAGUGCUUAUUCAUUUCUUGAAAACCAGGGCUUAAACUCAAGUGGGCCUACUUCCCAGCUGAUGUUUAAACUUAUGUUAGCAGUUUGGUGUGGAUUUAUAGGUGCUUUCUUUACAUUUCCUGGGUUUCGCUUUGCAAGAAUGCACCAGGAUUCUUUAACCUACUGUGACAAGAGCCCAUUGCAAAAAUUGAUUCUUCACCUAAGUUUUCUUUCACCUAUGUUAGUCACUUUGUUGUGGGUGAAACCUGUAUGUCGAGACUAUCUCACACACAAGACAUGGCCAGGAAUGAAUGAGACAAUAAUGACUCCAUCAGUGUUUGAAACAACUCGUAUUGUUGUUGUAGUGGUGGUGGUAGUCUUGCGGUUUAUUCUCAUGCCUCGCUAUCUCCAAUCUUAUCUAAACCUAGCUCCACAGAAGCUGGGAAAGUUGCGAAAGGAAGCUGGGCGUAUCAGUAAUAUUGAUUUACAAAGAAUGGUGGCAAGGAUAUUCUACUACUUGUGUGUUGUGACACUGCAGUAUCUAGCACCACUGUUGUUAUGUCUUUUUACCACAUUUCUGCUUAAAACAUUAGGAGAGUACCAGUGGAGCAGCUACUUCUUCCCAGUUCUUGAAAGAGAAGACCAAUCUUUUUCCACACCAUCAGUCAAGCCAACCACUGAAACACUGUCACGUGCUGAUAAUGAUUCAAUAUUAGGAACUAGUCAACAGUUCUCAUUGGCAAUGAGCAGUCUAAAACAAGUAUUUACUCCUGUGUUGUAUAGAGGAGUGUUUGGAUUCAUGACAUGGUGGAUAUGCACUGUUUGGUUCACUACAAGUGCUAUAGGUUUAAUCUACCACUCAUAUUUUUUCAACUAAGUAGACAUUGUUUUAAUGUUAUAUCACAACCGUGCAUGACUUCCCACACAUGUUGCUCAGUUUAAAUUUCAGUAUUUUUCCAGAUUUAAUCACUUUGGUCUACUCUUCAUUUACUUUUUUACUAUAUUUGUCAAGAGAGAUAUGUUUCAGUAUAUAGUUUUUAUUCUUUUGUGGUGACUGAUCACUGGAAUAUGUUUGUAGAAUAGGAAAUAGAUUUUUUGUAAUGGAAAAAAACAAUCUAUUAGACAGAGAAUAAAAUUCAUGUGUAAUUUAACAUUUCCAUUUGGCAUUGUGAGUGAGUACAGUAGUUUUCAUAAUGUAGUAUUUAUAUUCAUAGAUGAAGCAGUUUAAUUUCUUAAUGAUAAACUAUUGUAGAUUAAAUAUAAAUAAAUUAUUAUACUUUAAUCUCAGUAGUCCGUGCUAUUUCAUUGCUACUGUAUUUUAGGUCAAAAAGAAGAACUAAUGUACAAUUUUUCUUCUAGUUAUAAUUAUUUUGAACAUGAAAAUUCAGAUGGUACACAUUCACAAACAUUAAAACAAAUGUAUUGAAUAUUAUUUUUGUAGAUAAAGUUUUCAGUUAAAUUGAGUGAAGGAGAAAAAGUUUAAUUGAAGAUCUGUAGAACCUUAUAAUUUAUGUAAUUCUGUACAUUAUUAAAUUUACUUUUUAUUAUCAAAAUGAUACAAACAGAUAUUCUUUUUAGGACUAAAGAAUAAUGUUUUGAAGCCUAGAUGUUGCCCACCAAACUUUAUUAAUCUUGUUAUUGGAUAAAGAAUUUCACUGUUGUGUGCCAAAUACUCUAUUACAUAUUUAAAUCAUUUGGUCUCAUGUGGCUUCAGAGUUUAUGUCUACGUAAUUGCAUUAACAAUUAGAUAUGCCUUAAGAAAAUCUUGAUAUUUUAGGUGUACUGGCCAGAAACGUUUUUUUUUGUUUUAGGCCUCUCCGAAAGCUGUUAUAUCCGAGAAUUGAUUAUUGUCGUGUUUGCAAGAUGUAACUACGUCACACCUCUCACUAGCAUGAGCAAAAUAAAAAAAUAAAAUACUGCAUUCAGUAUAGUAGGUAGGGUAGAUUUUCAACAACAAAAAAAGCUUCAUUAAAGAAUUUUAAAAAUUUCCAAGCGGAACAGAAAGAGUACCUUGGAGGAAACUUGAUGAAUCAGUCCAUAAUAAGAUGUACGUGUGACAUUUUUUUCUGAAAUGCGGGAUAUUUCAUUUAUUUUUUGUUUGAUCUUUUAUUUAAAAUGAAUAUAUUUUAAAACGGGAUUGUUUUGAAAUGCUUGUUUACUUUUAGUACUUGACAAAAGAUUUAUUUAUUUAUUUAGGAGUGUUGGUGUUAGAAGUUUUCCAAGUAACAGAAUAGCGAAAUGUUCGUGUGAAAAUGUUGUUCUAUAUACAUAUUGAAUUGAUCAAGAAGAAAUAAAGUUAUGAACCAGUUA